GAAGGCAUGAAGCUUUCCUUGUUAGUAUAAAUAUUUUCUAAUAUUUAUUAAAGAAAAGUUUAAAAAAAAUAUCAAAAUGAAGGAAAUUAACAUAAAUAUUGAAGGUUACAAUGUGAACGGAAUCUGUGUGGGUUGUUUAAACUACAACCGAAAUAUGUUUUAUUCAAACGAAAUCCAAGACUGUUUUAAAAACUUGGCCGGUAUUGAUGUCCCAGACGGUCUCUCCAUCCAAGUCUGCUGGGAGUGUCUGGCCGCUGUCCGGGCAACCAACCGGUUCAGAGAACAAAUCCUACAGAGCUAUCACACACUCAUUGAAUAUUCUAGAAAGCACACCUUCCUCAACUCCCCCACAGACCUCAGCAAGUAUGCUCAGCAGAGGCUCAAAUCCUCCACCGUGGAUACAUUCUCCACCGUGGUCAAGGUGCCUCCACCUGUUGAUACCAUCGAGGUGGAAAUCAAGACUGAAUUUGAAGAUGAGAUUAAGUUUGAAGUGCCCCUUCUAGAAGACGCUAAGGUAGAGGAUAACCAGUACCCCCAAGACACCCUGGACACGUUGUCAGAUGACUUCCACCAAGACCCACAGCCAGAUGUGGAGUCCGAAGACGACUUGCAACUGUCCCUGCUCAAAGAAAUAAAGAAGAAAGGGAAGAGAGGCAGAAAGAGUAAGAGGGAGAAGAAAGAAGAUGGGAGUAGAGGGAGAUCGAAGAGUAAAACAAUCGAGGUGAAAGAUGAAGCGAGAGGCUCUAGGAAACUGAAGAACCUUCCAGAAAAUAUUGUCCAACUGCAUUUCAUGACUGAAGAGGAGAUGUGGCAGGUGCGAAGUGAAGAUAGGGCUUGCAAGGAAUUUAUAAAGCUGAAGUAUAAAUGUGAUGACUGCAUCAUAGGAUUUAAUACGGAGAAAUUAAUGAGCGAUCACUUGAAUGGGAAACAUCAACCGAAAAGUGCAACCUGCCAACAAUGCGACGUGUGUAAAGCCUACUUCCUGACCAAAGACAACCUGUCGACACACCGGUCGUUGCAUCUAAACGCGUUCAAGUGCAUACAGUGCAAUUACAUCAGCAGCAUGAAGCGUUUGAUGCUGAGACAUGCGCAGACGCACGGCGACACCGUGUUGCAGUGUGACAUGUGCGAGGCGCAACUCAGUUCGAAGUCGAAGCUGGCGUACCACAAGAGCGUCUGUCACCAGGAGAAGCCCCAGUGCGACUGCUGCGGUAAGGUGUUUGCCAACAAGAUGACACUCAAAUACCAUCUUAAGAUCCUGCCACAGAAUAAAGAGAAUAAACAUAAAGAGAAACUGUACAUCCCCUGUAAGGGAUGCAAUAAGGUCUUCCAUUCCAAGAAGAGCUACCGCGCGCAUGUCGUGAUUCACGACGGCCUCACCUACCCAUGCCCUAUAUGCGGCAAGUUGUUCCAAUGGAAACGCAACCUCGCCCGCCACACCCGCAACCACCGCGAGCGUGACGCGGGCGCGCUGCACGAGUGCCGCCAGUGUGGGAAGACCUUCAGCAGCAGGGACUGCUACAACAACCACAUGCGGCUCAGCAAGAGGCACGUGCCGGAACACGCUCUAGGACACGAAUGCAACUAUUGUGGCAAGAAGUUUGCGACCAAGUGGUGUAUGGUGGACCACAUCGACUGGGACCACCUUAAGAGGAUCAAGUACCAGUGCAGCGUCUGUUUCAAGCCAUUCAAAACUGCGAAGAUAAUGGUGGCUCACAUGAACAACAUACACGGAGGGAAGAAGAGGGAAGUUGAAGGACAACACCUCUGCGAGAUUUGCGGGAAGUCUUACAAGACAAGCAAACGGCUCAAGGGCCACGUGUGGGCCAUGCACACGAACCGCUCGACCACCAAGAGUUUCAAAUGCAAGCUCUGCCCAGCCACCUUCACCUGGCAGACGUCCAUAUACAAACACACCAAGAUGAUGCACUCUGCUGGGAAGAGGAACAAGCAACCACCCAGGCCUCCACCCCCGAAGAAGGAGCCCCCUUACAUGGAACUCGACGGUCGUAUGCAAUACUUCACACACUUGACCGGGGAGAUGGGACCACCACACGUCGUUGGAAUCGUCCAGAACUUGGUCUAAACUCUAAACCAUGUCAUAGACUGAGGAAUAAUUCCACGUAUAGAACGGCAACUCUCCGCUCCCCACCAGCGGCUGAGCUAGGUUUACCUCACCCCCUCGGUCUUACUUUAGUCUUCAAUCGUAUGGCGUCAGACAUACAAGGUGAUAGUGACACCGUAAGAAACACUCAGGGGGAUGAUUCAGAGCUGAUAUCAAAUGGAAUUUUCCGUCGCAAAAUUCAUUAUUUAUUUAAAAAUUAUAUACUUUUGCGAUGAAAAAUUCCACUUGAUAUUAACUCAGAAUAAUGAUCUGAAUCAUCACCCUCAGUAAUGACAAUAAUUGGCCGGCCAGA